GCCAUCCAUCGCCAACAUGCGACAGACGCCGCCGUUAUUGCCGCCGCGGCGGCACUCGCACGCGUCCAUCCUGCACGAAGCCGAUGUCUUGCAUGUGCAGAACCAAGUGCUCGAGGCCAAGGUCGUUGAACUCACGACUGAGCUUGUGAAAACGCAGUAUGAACUCAAGCUCGAGCGCGUCAACUACAAACACUUGCAUCGCAAGGUUCUUGGGUUGGAAGCCCAGCUAGAAAACCAAGUGCUUCAUGUCAUAGAUCUCGAGCAGCGCUUGGCAUGCACCGCUGCAGACCUUGCAGCUGCACAGCGAACAAACGAGGUGGCAGGUCAAGCAGCUCCAACGACAGACGUGAUAGCCAUGUGCACCGAGCAUUUAACAAUGCUGCAUGAAGAUUUGGAUAUGUACGACGCGCGAUGUGCCAUGUAUGAAGCUGGCAUCCGCGAGCUGUGGGCAACGUAUGUGCAUCCAUCCAAACCAGAGCUAACGAAGCACGCUACCCCCCCUCCAAUCCACGCCACGAACAAGUGUGACAAGGUCCGUGAACCGAACGACGCGGAUUCAGACGACACUGCGUCUAUCGACUCGGACGAGUAUUCCGGAGGUCAGGUCGAAGUGGUGGAGAUGGCGUACCACCACCAGCUAGACGAGCUGUGUGAGGCGUUGGCAGUCAGCGUAGAGGCGCAGCACAAGCAGUUGGCGGCCAUCAAAGCGAUGGAAAUCCAGCUGGAAAUGGACAAACGUCAGUAUGAAGAGGUCAUGUCCACGACACGAUGUGAAACGGAUGGGAUGAUUGGAGAUGUCGACGUACACUACUAUUUGCACGAGGUGUUGGUCAACAUCGAUCGAUGAUUGGUGCCCUGAACCACAGAGCUAACUUAUGAAUGCAUGUCGCC